UUGACAAGAUAUCAGAAGUUAAGUUAACAUCAGAAGUGAAAGGGAAACAGAUUUAUAAGUGUACUGAAUGUGAUUAUCAGGGAUACAGAAAGAAAAGGCUCUCGGAACAUAUGGGAAGAGUCCAUGGUCUCCUGCCUAACGGAUCAUUGCCAGAAAACCAAUGUUCUCUUGUGACGAAUGUGAGAAAACUUUCGUUUUUGAGAAAGAUCUGUCCAGGCAUAAAAAGAUAGUGCACCAUGGACAAGUGUUUGUUUGCCUUGUGUGUAAUAAGAAUUAUAAAUCAAAAUACGUGUACGAUAGGCAUACAGCAACCCACGCGGAGGGAUAUGUUCAGCCAAAGUUUAAAUGCCAAAUCUGUGAGCAGGAGUUUACAACGAAAUUUUCUCUGAGUUCUCAUAUAAAGUCAAAGCACCUCGGCGUGAAGAAGACUUACAGUUGUCCUACAUGUGGUAAAACUUUCAGUCAGAUCCGUUCAUACAGGCAGCAUGCCAAUGUUCAUGCUGGAAUCCGUCCAUACACAUGUGAGGUUUGUGGAAAAUCCUUCACGUAUGACAAAUCUUUAAAAGAGCACCGUUACAUGCACGAUACUGUGCGAAGAUUUCAGUGUACUGUGUGUCAGAAGGCUUUUCGCCAACAAACCUGUUUACUGAUUCACAUGAAAACACACAAAGAUAAGAAAGAUCACAUAUGUAGUGUGUGUGGCCGUGAAUUUACACAGAAACAGUCCCUUUUACGCCAUGAACGUAUCCAUACAGGUGACAAGCCGUAUUCUUGCAAGCUUUGCUUCAAGUCAUUUGGUGAUUAUGCAGUCAUACGUAAGCAUAUCAUGAUGGCGCAUAAAGACCGACAAAGACGGAUGGAAACAAUUUGCAUUGACAACAGAGAAGAGCAAACGCUCUAAUCAUUAUAUAGACGGUGGUCCAGGAUAUGUCCCCCCGUGAAUCGUAUGCAAAAAUAAAUGAGAAACCUCAAGAAAAAGUGACUACACCAAUCCUUCACUUUGGACAAGAUGCUAUUAAUCAAAGACUUCAACCUGGUACCGAAGUCGUGAUGCCAGGAAAUGAAAUGAUAUCCCGCACCAGAGAUGUACCAGAUGCCCUCAUAUACGGCCAAUUUAGAUUUCCC